UAUAAGAGACAAAUGAACAACGAAGUAGCAAAAGCCGAAUUCGUUGAAUGGGAAUGAGUGAUGUAUUAUGACAUUAUAAAGCCUUAAAUUAAUUCCUUUUGUUUAUCUGUCAACGGAAGUUUUUUAAGCACUUUGUCAACUAACAGUGAUUCCUGUAAAGUUAUGUGCAAAACCGGAAUUAGUGAACUACACUACGCAUGGAAUACGUCGUCGUGAAAGGUUACGCGGUUUGAGUUUGUGUAGACGUUCCGUAAGAAACAAAUAUGAGCAGCUCUGUGUUAAAUUUAAAUGUUGGUAUAUUAGGACACGUUGAUAGCGGUAAAACUUCACUGGCAAAGGCUCUGAGUACUACCGCAAGUACAGCAAGUUUUGAUAAAAACCCUGAGUCUCAAGUAAGAGGAAUCACUAUCGAUUUGGGCUUUAGUUCACUCCUACUUGAUAUGCCACAACAUUUAAAGAACUUGUGUUCAGAAGAAAAACUACAACUAACAUUGGUGGAUUGUCCUGGACACGCAUCAUUAAUUCGCACUAUAAUUGGAGGGGCACAGAUUAUUGAUUUGAUGAUUCUUGUAGUUGAUGUCACUAAAGGAAUGCAGACACAGACAGCUGAAUGCCUUGUUAUCGGUGAGGUGACCUGCCAGAAGAUGAUUGUGGUACUAAAUAAAACAGAUCUGCUGCCUGAAGGAAAACGGACAGCAUUGAUUGAUAAGAUGACAAAGAGAAUGAAGCUGACAUUAGCUAACUCAGUAUUUAAGGAUGCCCCUGUUGUGAGUGUUGCAGCAAAUCCUGGGGGCUCAGAAGGUGUACAGAGUUCUUUACCUGUAGGGUUGCAAGACCUCACGGAGACAUUACAGAAAUUUGCCUUUGUACCAGAACGUCACAUCUUGAGUCCAUUCCUUUUUGCGGUUGAUCACUGCUUUGGUGUUCGUGGCCAAGGCACUGUCAUGACGGGCACUGUGUUGCAAGGAGCUGUCAAUGUCAAUGAUACAGUCGAAAUACCAUCUGUGCACGUAACUAAGAAAGUGAAGUCACUGCAGAUGUUCAGGAGACCAGUAGAACGUGCAGUACAGGGCGAUCGAAUUGGCAUCUGCAUUUCUCAGUUUGACCCCAAUCAGCUGGAGCGAGGCAUAGUCUGUAUGCCUGGAUAUGUCCCAGCCAUUUCAUCAGCCAUCAUUUCUGUCCAGAAAAUAAAGUACUUCAAAGGAAGUUUGAGUACAAAAGCAAAGUUCCAUAUUAGCAUAGGCCAUGAAACAGUAAUGGCAAAGUUAUCAUUCUUCAGUUUGUUGCAAGAUUCUAGGAACACAGCCAAUGAUAAUUCCUUUGAUUUUGAUAAAGAAUACAAGUUUCAAGAAGAACUGUUGUUUGACUCACAGAAGGAUGACACAAGUAUAACAGCAAAAGAAAUGCCAGUUAAGCAGUUCGCUUUGCUUGAAUUUGAGAAGCCUGUACUAGCAUUUCCUAACUGUCUCAUUAUAGGAUCAAAAUUGGACACUGAUAUUCACACGAACACCUGCAGACUAGCAUUCUGGGGACAUCUGUUGGAAGGCAUUGAAGAUAAGAGUUACUCAUCAACUGUGUUGCCGAGACUAAAGAUUUAUAAGGAGAAAUGCAAAAGUGGAAUCAUUGACAGGGCAUCAAAUCAGUAUGAAGUGAUCGGAAAGAACAUGUUUAAAAAAGAAACCAACAUUCAAUUGUUUGUGGGGUUACAAGUUGAACUAUCAACAGGAGAAACGGGAAUUAUUGAAAGUUCAUUUGGACAAAGUGGAAAAGUAAAAAUACGUAUUCCAGAUGGGCUGAAUGAAUCAACGUACGAGCUGCUGUCUGGUAUGACCAAGAGGAAGGGAAAGCAGACACAACCCCAGAACACUUCACCAGAUCCUGAACCCAUAAAAAUAGCGCUGCACUUCAAAAGAUAUAUUUAUGACCCGAAGAAGAAAAUGGUCCAGUCAUAGCUGUGACAACGGAAACUCUUUAGUCAAUUAAAUAAUGACUCCAUUAAUGUACAUUUCGUAGAUACACAAAUUUGUCUGUAU